GAGCCAUGACCAGCCUUUCAAACCACUUCAUGGCUACUGACGUGAGUGCUACAGGGCGGUAGUCAUUUAGGCAGGUUACCUUCGCAGUCUUCCACUAAAUUAUGCAAGUUAACCUAUAGACUGAUAAGCAUGACUGUCAAUUGUAUUUACAUCGACUGGUUUUUCCGUCAAUGAAUGAAAAUCAUUAUUUAGCCAUUUUGGCAGGCAACCGUUUUAUUUAUAGGCUUUAAGAAAAAAAGAUCAGCCAGAAGCCGAUGUAAACCCUGAUCUGAUCGUCCUCAUACAUCAAAGGUUCGACUCCUGACUUUUUGGCUUGGAUGGCCAGUUGUAGAACUUUUACCUUUUUCCCUGUAGUUAAGGAACUUUGCGACAAUGUCCAUUUGGUUUGCUGCUCAUGUCCCCUCUCGGGCCGCCUGUUCGAUUUGCUCGUUACAUUUUGGUAGCCCGUACGAAGUUCUACUUGCUCAGUAGUUGUGGUAUUACCCUUUCCAGUAAUUCUUCCAUUUUGGGUUGUUUAACAGCUUUCGGGAAAAUUUACAAAACUUAAGUCCUCCAUCCUGUUUUGGUCUUUUUGUUAAUCCACGCUUUUCUCAUGCGAUUUCCCCCCCCCCCCCAUGGUUAACCCAGUUUCGGCCUUGUCCACGCGUUUGCCCAGUUCAGUCAUAUCAGUUUUGAUUUAUUUGAUAUCAUUGGAUAUUUUCUUUACCUGUUUAAACAGUUUAUUCUUGCCAGUUCUAAUUUCUGUUAGUAGUGUCUCUAAACUCACUUUAGACAAGUCGUCAGCUUCUUGGUCAAUGGCCAUGUUUCGCUGUUUGUUUCUCUUUCUAGGUUUAGUAUUUGCCAUAACAUGCAGUUGCCAACAUAACUUUUCAGUUAUUUCUUGAUGUUGGUGAAGUUAUUUUCAAUUUAAUUUUAAGAGGCAUACUUUUCAUAAAGGAAGGGAAUUCCAAACGGAUCACCUUCACCUGACUACCUUACGGCCGGCAUACCGGAAAUCGUCUCAAAUCUAUUCAUUUUGGCGUUACAGAUGGAAGUCCGAUUGACUCAUGGAUACCAAUUUUAUAUCUCUGCGCUAACGCUAGUUAGCAACUUGCUUCAAACUGCACGCAGACACACGAAUGUUAUCCAUGAGUUCAUCUGACUCUGGGGAAGUAGAUAAAGAGCCUCAUUGCAUUAAAGGGAUUCUUCUGGAUUUUGACAAUCUCAUUCCGCUACUGGACGGAGAAGAUGGGGAGGGUUUCACAGUGCAUAACGCUUCAUUCACAUUACAUCUGAGCUGUCCGUUGCGUUGUGCAGGAUGUCCUUCAUCUCAAUGGGAACUGUCCGCAAAGGAGUGAUAUAGCAGCGCCCCCUUGCUGUUGAAGGCUUCGUUGCAAAACUUCAGCAAGAGUCUGUCAAAAGAACAGGAUGUUACCAAACCACAGAAAAAUAUGUGGUUUUGUGCGAUUGCUUUAUGGGAUAGCUAGCAACUUCGAAACGAUUAACCAUAAUAGUAAUGUUAAAUAAUACACAUUGGCUGUUAAAAAUAUAUAUUAUAUGGCUGUUUCCUCCCAUUUUACUAUAUUGUGAUGGUUAUGACGUUUAGUUGUUUCUUAUAAUUAUUAGGUGGCGGUCGCUACCUACAGUUUCUUCUACCUAGCCUAGCUUUUAGUUAGUAGUGAUGCGAACUUUGGCUCUUUUUAGUGACUCAGAUCUUUUUGACUCGUUCAGUCAAAAGAACGACUAAGACUCGUUUCGUUAGAGCACAUAUCUGGAGCCACCGCGCCGAAGGAGCGCUUAUUAAUUCUCCUGCAGUCAUUGCUGCCAGCAGGUCAAACGAAUGACAAAAAUGAACUAGUGAGUCGCUCAGAAAAACCAAUCAUGACACUCGAGUCAGUAAAGAGCCGUUAAAAAAAUAACAAGUUCACGAAAUAGCUAGCUGCUCCGUAAACUAGCUCGACUUGAUAGAAAGUUAGAGAAACAAGUUGAGGAAAAAGUAACUAAACAAAACAUGUUUUAUUAUCACCUGAAACAGUGUGUUUCUCCUGUCUUGAAUGAAAAGGUCAUAUUUUGCAAUCUCCCCAAAUAAUUGUAAUCUCUCUCCUUACAUUGUGAACCCCAUAUUCGCCAUCCAGAAACGGAACGAGGGAGCAUGACGAUGACAUAUGGCGUAAUGAAAUACCCGAUGUGUACGGGGCAUCAGGGAUGAGCAAACAAAUCGUGAUAGCCACACACAGAGACCUGCGUUUUGAGGUCAGUUAAUAUUACUUUCCUGUGGAUAUUUUGUCACACAUUUCCAACUGAAUAAGGACGAAAUCAGCAGACGGGUAGAGUAAGUUCAAAUGAACUUUAUUCAACAUUGUGACUUGUAAAGGGACUGUUUGGAUUCUGUUUUACUGUAAAAGUUAGAGACGAGUGAGAAAAUACAUUUCACUCAGAUUAACGUUAGAUGGUGCUUUAUUUACUUAACCAAAACAGUUAACUCGGGCUACAAGGCGAUUCCACAUUCUGCCAACGGAAUGGGAGCGAAAAAUAUUUUUGGUAUAUCAGAUUGUUCUGGCAAUUCUCAUAUAGGAACUUUAUUGUGAGGAAAGAUGUUUAACAUGCUUUUUACAUUUGUAUCACGAACCAUUUUUGUUAAAAUCAUAAUGCAAUUGGCCCUUUAUAGACCUAUACAUGCCUCCUGUAAGACCUUACCGUACAUGAUACAGACAACAUUUUGGUGUCGUCAUACACCUUUUAUAGUGUGCUGUAACAUAUGGAGUAUGUCUACAUUCUGAAAUAUGCAUUUUCAUAUAAAUGUAUUCAACAUUUAAAAAUAUACUAGUCAUACGUAAAGAUUUCCAGAGUGGUCUGAUAUUUUUUAUUAUAUGACCCAUUUUAUAAAUGUAUAUGUAGGUCAUGAAAUAAUCACAUUCCUCAUUUAGGAUUGCACAUUCAGCAAAUCACCAGCAGAGGGAGUUCCCGUUGGUGGUGCUCAUAAAAUGUAUCAGAACUUCAUAAUUAGCAGAGAGCCCACUUUGUGGUGUACUUGUAGAGUAUAUUGUUCCAAACAGUAUGUCUUAAAACGAACAAAAUCAAAGAGUGUAGUUUUGAGAUAUUCAUAUGAAUAUAUUUAUGUGAAAUGUAUAUUUCAGAAUGUAGAUGUACUCCAUAUAUUACAGCACACUAUAAGGAGUUUAAUGAUGACAAAGAUGUUGUCUGUAUCAUGUACUGUUCAAGGGUCUUACAGGAGGCAUGCAUAGGUCUAAAAUUGCCAAUUUCAUAAUUUUUUUCUAACAAAUGAUUUGUUAUACAAAUAUAAAAAGCAUGCUAAACAUCCCUUCCUCCGACUGUAUUUCCUAUGUGAGAAUUGCCAGAACAAUCUAAGAUAUUUGAUUGGUGAUUCUAAGGCCAAGGUUUAUUUGUGUUAUCCAUAUGCCUUGGUUUGUUAAGUUUGUCCCUGCGACCAGCAGUCUAGUCAUUUUUGGUGUUAGUGGACCAGGACAGGACCACCAUGCAGCAGCCCCCACCAGGGGCAGGAGGGCGCUUCUUGGGUAUGCUGUCCCCUGGCCAUGGGGGAAGAAAGCUGGAAGGGAAAUCUUUCUACCUGGAUGCUGUGAAGAGUCGCCCUGCAGCCUUUCUUGCGGAGGCCAUAUCCCAUCUCGGAGGGAGAAUUGAGAGUUUCCUGAAUAAGGAUGUCAGCUUUGUUGUGACUGGGAGCCUAGAGGGACUCCGAAGCGAGAGGUUCGAAAUGACCCGAGGUGGGUCAGACGGGAUGACCGGGGAGUGUCACAGCUCUCCCCGCUCCACCAAACCGAGAGAGAGCAUCAUGACCAGCACCAGGCAGCAGCGUCCAGCCACUGGCACUCCCAGACCAAUGGUGUGUGGCAGCCGUGGGAAGGCCCUGCUAGAGAAAGCUAUUAGGAAUAAUGAACGGCUUCAGGGGAACAGUGUUUUGGCCAAUGCCCGCUCCUGGGGAGUCAAGAUAGUGCACGUGGACGAUCUCCUGACGCAUGUCCAACUGUUGACAGCGGAGAGCUCCAAGGCCAGACGCAGGAAAACUGAGCUGAAAAAUCCAAACAAGUGUCCUGCAGUGUCUCGUGUCAUCAAAGCUGGUGCUUUGAAGUCCCCCUAUGUGAAGGUAGAGGAUUCAAGCAGGAAAUACAAGGCCCUGCACAUGCAGUCCAUGGCCUUCCCCACUCUGUGCUACUCUGGCAGGUUCAGUCCUUUUGAACCCCCUGCACCCCCCCAGCCUGAGAGAGUCAAGGAGGAGGAACAAAAAAAAGCCAGAGGGAAGAAACUUCAAACUUUUCCCCCCACACCAUUAAAUAGACAGAUAAUUAAGAGUUUGAGUACAAGCCAGGACAACCCUCGAAGCCCUCUCCCACGCAACCCCUCACUUUGCCGGGCACGCAAAAAGAACCUGGGCUACUGCGAGUGCUGUCAUGAACCCUUUAAGGACCAGGAUGAGCACUUGCAGUCGGCUCAGCAUCGUGGCUUUGUGCAAGACCCCUCCCACUACAGCCUGGUGGACCAGCUGGUGGCUGACAUGGAACCGGGCUUCGCCCCCUGUCCAGCCCCAGAGUCAGCAUCCUCAACACUGCUCAGGUUGGAGACUCCCCCACUUCUACUACAACUGCCCCACAGCCCCUCUGAGAUGCAGACGCACAGUGAGACGGAGCAUGCCAUCCAGGCCCUGCUUACCCAAGGCUCACCGUCCAACACCCUGGACCCGGAUCCAAGCCCUCCCACUCCGAGCCUAGUCCCCCUGUCAUCCCAUGCUCAGCCUCUCUCCCCUUGCCCUGACACCCCCAGCCUACUCCUCCUGCCAUCCCUCCCCCAGCCUCUCUCCUCCUGCCCUGACAACCACCCUCCCUCCCCCGACACCCUUUGUCAGUCCCCCACCCUAGCCCCUCUACCAAACCACUCCCAGCCCCUCUCCCCCAACACCCAAUGCCAGCCCCCCAGCCCCUACUCCCAGCCUCCUGUCCUCAGCCCUAAAACCAUGUUUCCCUUUGAGCCCAUGUCCCAACCCGACAGCCCCUACUCUCAGCCCCCGGUCCUCAGCCCCCAGGUCCUGCUUCAGCCCCCCACUCCUCACCAUCCCACAGAGGGGAAAGAUAUGGAGAUUGACAGCCAUCUGUCAGCAUCCGCAGAGGUGGAACCAGUCCCUCAGACUGUCCCAGGUCGGUCUCGCUCCCUUCCUCGGCUCUGGAUCACUGCAGCGAACCCGAAGAAACGCAGCCGAUCAGUCAGUCCUGACACCGAGGCCUGCAAGAGGAGAAGGACCUCCCUGGCCAACCGUCACAAAUCAAAACCCAUCUGGGGCUUCAACAGUGCUGGUUGGACAAGGAAGGAACACCAGCCCUUAGUCCUAUCCACAUAUACUGACAAUGAGCUUGUGGCUAAGGCCUACUCCCUGCCCAAAGAACUAGGAACUGCAGAACAAAGACCAACCCCAGAUCAGCUGGAAGUGAAGGGAAUAUCACUGGUGCCAACAAUGACACAAGAGAGCAUAAACAAAGUUGGGAACGGUGUGGGCAUCCGAGCAGCCAACCACUAUCACUCUGUGCCCAUUUUUGGCCCGGGCCAUGCAAUAUGUCCUUCGAUGAAGGUGGACAAGAUAACCAGUUGGCCUCCAGUGGAAGUGUUUGGUACAAACCGCCAUUCUUUUGCCACAUCCGCUCGCUCUAAUACAAGGAGCUUCCCAAGGCUUCCUGUGAAGUCCACAGGCAAUCCGUCAGGUCAUAUGGAUCAUUCCAUCUUCAUGGACGGGGGUGUUCUACAGCAGCACGCCACAGUAACUCCAAACAUCAGUGCAUCUUUCCCUCCCCAGCUUCUUCACCACCCUUCAGAUAGACCAACCCACUGCCCUGCCUCCAGCCAGGACUCCAACCCCUGCCACUCCCAGUCCGUCACCUCUGUCUUUAUCGAGUCUGCCCUGCUUCCCGACCUGGCCAUCCCCUCCGACUCGGACUCGGACUGGGAAUGCGAUCUCAUGUCCCGCCUCGGCCCCCCUGCCGCCACCUCCGCCCCUUCCACCCCUUCCACCCUUUCCCUUCCGCAACCAGCGGGGAGCCACCACCAGCAGCUGGACUUGGAGCUACUACAGAGACCCUGCAGCACCUGGACGCUGCACGACACCAGCUAUGAGUCGCAUCUGUGCGCUGUGUUGCAGCAGCCCCUCACCCUGCCGCCGGACCCCUCUCUAGUGUUUUCCAAGACUAUAAUGGAAAGUCUAGAAGUGACUCGGCACUGACUCGGGAAUGACGGGAGAAGGGUUGAUUACUUGACCCAUCGAAGUCCCAAUACAUAAACCUAAGUGGUUUUACAUAU